UCGAUAAAAAAGUUACCUACAUACAUCGCAUGUCAAAAUAAUUUCAAACGAGGGAUGAAGCGAUAAAAAAUUCAAUUAAAUUAGAAAACGAAAAAAAUUGCUUCAUUAUGCCUAUUCACCGAAUAGUGGCUGUUUCUAGGGUAUUGUUACAAUGUAAUAGUUCAAAUUUUAUUUUAAAACCUAAGAUUCAACCAAUCAACAAGUGCAGGUUUCUAACAGUAGACAAACCAAAGCAAACAAAAGCUCUAAAAAAUGAAAAAGAAAAAGUACGAAUGUACAUUGUUCAAAGAUACAUUGACUAUGUGAAAAAUUACAUGUCAGCUUUGGAAGUACGGUUCCCCACAGCUGUUCGAAUGUACAGAGUGUUCAGCAUUGGAAUAAAGGACUUCCUACGAGAUUUGAAAACUUACAUAUCAUUGAGGAUAAAAAUAACAAAGGACAAAGGCUUUUCGAAAAUGAGUAGGAAAGAUAUCGAACUCUUUCAGAAGAUGCCAUCGGACAUGUUAAGAAUAGCCCCUGUGCUGGUGUUGUCAGCAAUUCCAUUUGGAAACUAUGUUAUUUUUCCAUUAGCGUUUCUUCGGCCAAAGACACUAUUGUGCUCUCAUUUCUGGUCGAUACAGCAAAGAGUAGAUUUCUCUCGUCAGGAUUUGACUGAACGUCUCCGUAACAACAAACCUGUCUUCCGGGCUCUGCAAGCGAAGCUGGAUAUGAUUCAGGACAGUGGACUAAAGGAGAAAUGGAGUAGAAUACUGGCACUGUUAGGAUCUGGAGUCCACCCUACGCCAAAUGAUAUAUUGGAGUGCAAAGAUUUGUUUACAAAAGAACCAUACCAAUUGAAUAAUUUGACGUAUUCGCAUAUGGGCUACCUUCUCAAAAUGCACGGGCUAAGGAAAAACCUGUUCAGAACAAAUAAACUGAAAUAUCACGCAUUUCUACUUUUGGAAAUGGAUAAAGCGAUUGUGAGGGAGGGUGGGGUGGAGAAACUCAAUAUGGAUACUUUGUGUUAUGCCUGCCACAUCAGAGGUCUACACAGCAGUCACUUGUCGAACAAACACAUGCGAGAGUGGCUCAAACAAUGGCUCCUUGUCUCAGUAAAUGUGGACAAGAAUUCAUAUUCUCUAAUCCUCCACUGUCCAAUAUUCUUAGCGUAUAAUCAUCCACAAAAUUGGAUGUUAAUUUAUUAAUUUAAUUCCUAAUGUACACGUUGAAAGUGAUAUUAUAAAAUUGUUGUUUAUUGUUUGUUAUUUAUUGCAGUAUUCGUCUUGGAGACGUUAAACUAGUAAUGUCAUACUGUUGUAAUUUAACGAUUUGCGGUUAGCGCUGAUGAAUAAGAGUGAGAGAGACAACACUAUGCGGCGCGAUAUUAUAGCAGUCAGUACGUUACGACGUCGCGACGCCCGUUUGGCACCUCUAAAUACUUCAAACGCCUCUAGCACCCGUAUUUUAACGUGUUUACUCAAGACGCGGCCUCAGCUAAGCAUUUUGGCAAUUUAAGUUGUCGACUUGAGGACUUUAGUCACUGGAGUCCAGCAUGUCAUACUGCCAACAUGAUAAAAAAAUAUUGGCGUCAUGGCUUCACUCAACUCAAGAUAAGGUUGAGGCGACAUCUAAAAAUGGCGAUUUUGAGCUGAGUUCGAUAAUCGAGGAAGGUUUGAGUUAACAGCUCAGGAAUACGGGUGUAAGAUACAACAUGCUAGACCUUCAAUAGCGUUCAAACUUGUAGCAAAACGAAAUUUAAAUUGUAUUUCAAAUGUCCAACGGCGCGCUUUGAUUGUAAAGUGCAGUGACCUUUAUAUAGUUAUAAAUAUUGGAGGGUCCAAUAUUUGAUACUACGGCCUUAUACCUACUUACUUCGUACAGUUUACGAAUGCCGCUGCGAAUUUGUUUUUUAAAUGUAUUUAAUAAUUUUGCUACGCUUACAUUAUAAUAAACAAGGCUAAGCCAUUA